UAUAUUCCAAACGUUGCUUUACAGAACAAAAAAGAAAGCACUCUCACACUCCUCCUACUCCUCUUGUUUAGCUUUUCUCCAUUUUCAUACAAAAACUCUCUUUUCGAUCAUUUCAUUUUCCAAACAGUCCCUAAAAGCUCUGUUUGGUCUUUUUCUCUCCACAAAUUCAGUGACUUCACAAAAUCUCCAGCCCACAAUGGUCGACGUUGACCGGCGGAUGACCGGUCUCAAUCCCGCGCACGUCGCCGGACUCCGCCGCCUCUCUGCCAGAGCAGCUGCUCCAUCGACUGCUUCCUCACUCCCUGUACGAAACGGCCUUGAUUCCUUCUCUUCGCUGGCUACUAAGGUCAUAAACCAUUUGAGAGAUUCAGGUAUUCAGGUUCAACCUGGUCUGUCUGACGCGGAGUUCGCCCGUGCAGAGGCGGAGUUCGGAUUCUCAUUCCCUCCCGAUCUUCGCGCCGUACUUUCCGCUGGUCUUCCUGUUGGUCCUGGAUUCCCUGACUGGCGUGCUCCUGGUGCUCGCCUCCACCUUCGUGCGUCUUUUGAUCUUCCUAUCGCCGCCAUAUCGUUCCAAAUUGCACGGAACACACUCUGGUCCAAAUCGUGGGGCCCUAGACCAUCAGGCCCGGAGAAAGCACUACGAGUUGCGAGAAAUGCACUAAAGAGAGCGCCACUGUUGAUACCAAUUUUUAAUCGUUGUUAUAUCCCCUGCAACCCUUCUUUAGCAGGAAACCCGAUUUUCUACGUCGAUGAGAACCGGAUCUUCUGUUGUGGGUUGGAUCUAUCCGAUUUCUUUGAGCGUGAAUCCUUGUUUGGGAGCUCCGAGUCGGACCUACAAGUUCACAUAAAGCAAAGAUCCGUCAGUGAAAGAUCGGCCUGUUCGUUAUCAAAUUUUUCUCGUAAAAGCCUUGAUGCGGGUCUUGCUGGUGCAAGGACACCGAGAUGGGUGGAGUUCUGGAGUGAAGCAGCGGUAGACAGGAGGCGGCGAAACUCGUCUUCAUCAUUUUCCUCAUCGCCGGAGCGGUUCAUUGAUAUGCCGAGGUCCGAGGCUCCAAAGUGGGUCGACGAGUAUAUCCAACAAAUCGGGUCGGUUUUAAGAAAUGGUGGGUGGGACGAAUCGGACAUAUCGGAUAUGAUCAACGUAUCGGCAUCCGGUUUUUUCGAGGGAGAGAUGGUUUUGUUAGACAAUCAAGCGGUAAGGGACGCGCUUCUUUUGAAAGCGGAUCGGUUUUCGGAUUCGCUCCGUAAAGCAGGGUGGAGCUCCGAGGAGGUAUCGGAUGUAUUGGGAUUCGAUUUUCGACAGGAGAAGGAAAGGAAACCGGUUAAGAAGCUGUCGCCUGAGCUGGUAGAGAGAAUUGGUAAACUGGCAGAAUCGGUUUCCAGGUCAUAAAUGGGUUUCCGUUUUAGUUUUUCUUUUUUUGGGUCUCGGGGUUUUAAAGUAUCUAUUUUUGGGGCAAAGAAUUUGAAAAUACAUGGGGAAACGCGUUGUACUAUGAAACGGAGAGUAUAGACAAUAGAUUACUAAAAAUAUUAAGAAAAGAAUUUAUAAAAUCUCAAAUUACAUAUUGAAUUCAUAUAUUUAACGACUUUUUAUUA